GGGAGGGUAAGAAAGAGUGUCUGACUAGCUCUGUGAUUGAUCUUUUUUUAGACAGAUGAGCUUCUGCUGGUGGUGAUCCCAAUGCUGAUACACAGCCCAUGCUCUUCUGACCUCAAUAAUGUCUAGACCUGAGUUUGUGUGUGUCUAAGAAGGUGUGUGUGUGUGUGUGCGUGCUCAUGUGGGUUAAGAGGAAGUGUGUGUGUCCAAGCGCCUGCCAGCCUAGAGAGCGAGAGAUCUCUGUGUCAUGUGACUGUGUACCAUGACCUCAUUUGCCGGUUGUGUAGCUGACUCUGGCUGUGACGUGGUUUCAGAGAACCGUGCUCUGAUUUUAGGACCCAGACGUAGGUCAUCUCCAGUCUGAUAGGAAAAUCUGUUCCCUCCCCAACAACACCUCUCCUUCAGUCACCCUGAGGACGCAAGGACUUCAAGACAUGGCUGAGGACGACCUGACCCCGGAGCAGCUGGCGGCCAUCGCUGCGGAGAACGAAGUGGGGGAGUCGGUCAACUACAAGCCGCCGGCCCAGAAGACCCUGCAGGAGAUCCAGGAGCUGGACAAGGACGACGAGAGCCUCCGCAAGUACAAGGAGGCUCUGCUCGGAGAGGGGCAUGCCGUGGCCGACCCUGGUGCCCCCAACGUCCAGGUGACCCGGCUGACCCUGGUCUGUGACACCGCCCCAGCGCCACUCACUCUGGACCUGCAAGGGGAUCUAGAGGCCUUUAAGAAGCAGUCCUUUAUCCUGAAGGAAGGGGUGGAGUACAGAAUAAAGAUCAGCUUCAAGGUGAACAAGGAGAUCGUCUCGGGGCUCAAGUAUGUUCAGCAGACCUUCAGGAAAGGAGUGAAAAUCGACAAGUCCGACUACAUGGUGGGCAGCUACGGGCCGCGGCCCGACGAGUACCACUUCCUGACCCCGCUGGAGGAGGCCCCCAAGGGCAUGCUGGCCCGCGGCACCUACAACAUGAAGUCCAAGUUCACCGACGACGACAAGCACGACCACCUCUCCUGGGAGUGGAACCUCAACAUCAAGAAGGACUGGAAGGACUAAAGGGAGACAGAGAGGCCUUUGGGAACCCCCAGCCCCCCCCCCCCUCAUCCCCCCCCUCGUCCCACUCAUUUCACCCCAAGUCUCGUCUGUUCAUCCCCUCUGGUUUCCUUCCAUCCCAUCCCUCGCUGCCCCUCUUGUCCGCUCGACACUCUCGUCUCGGCUCUCUUCCUCCGUUCCUGCGGCAGCGGAAGCAGUCGCAGUCCCCCUCUGUCCGUCCAGCCCUCCAUCUCCCCCCCCCCCCCCCCCCCCCCCCCUCCGCCUUCCACUCACCAGGUGCAGAAGGUUCACCUCGGUUCAGCUGUCACCAGCCGGCCAUCCCAUGGUGCACCCUGUCUCCCUACUCGCUGUGCAGGUCCCAUCUUCCCACCUCUGUCAUGGUUUGUGCUGCUCGAAGAGAUUAAUCUUGUCUCCCCCCCCACACACACACACAUUUUCCUUUACACCCCUCAAAAAUUGUCUUCCUUCCAGUAAGUACAUGUGGAACAGCAACUGUACAAUCGACUUUUGUUAGCCUUUUUUUUAUAUAUAUAUAUAUAUAUAUAUAUGAUUGUGUACUACUAAAUAGUCGUGUAAUCGUGGCUAUAAUUCACACUGCUGUUGACAUGAAUCAGUUUUUAUGGUCAUUAUGUCCUUCUGCCCCACCAUCCCUGAUGGCAGCCCCUCUCUCUUUUAGCAUUCCUUGGUUGUCCUACUAGCCUGCUGCUGCUGUUGUUUUUAAAGUACAUCCUUUACCGAGACCUGCCUUGCGGAUAGUACAGUUGAUCAAAUUAAAGUCUCUCCAUCUCUCUCCCCCCGUAAAUGUAUUCACCCUCUCCUCCUCCAGGAGGACUGGGGCCAAAGUGAACAAGGGAGUUGGGCGGGGGGGGGGGGGGGGGGGGAGAGAAACAAAAACAACAGUUUACCAUGGGGGGGGGAGACCCCCGUACCCCCUUUGCUGCCUUAUACAGAACUAAAAACAAAAAAAACGAAUUCCUGGCUUGUUCUGACUGGAGUAGUUAUUAAGCUUGCAUGCCUCCUAGCUGUGUGCAGAGUAUAUCAAGCAGGGCUGGCCGUUAAGUAGUCUCAACCAAGGGCUAACUACUAGUAGUGGUGUCAACCUCGUUAGCCCUCAACUAGCGUAAACACCCAAAUCUUUAACCUCUGUAGGUUACUUAAACGCUGCUUCCUGUUAUAACCCUCCCUUUCUAGUUACCAACUAGUCACUUUCUGUAAGGAGUCACCAAUGGUAGAAUGAGUCAUCUGCUGAUGAUAUUUACCUCUGGUUCUCGUUUCCUUCACCAAACCCUAGUCAGUAUUGAUUAAACCAUGGCACUUAUAUUUUCCUUAGCCAUGAGGCCUUAUCGCAGAAUUUAAAGUGUAAAAAACACAACAACAAAAAACGCUUCUUUUCAUUUAUUUUGUGUUGCCUUAACGUACUAUACAUGUGUCUGCUGAGGCAGGAAACCUAUGCUCCCCCACUCAUCCAGAUUGGGUUGUGAUCCCCAGCCUGCUACAGGGGGUCACGUGUCAUGGUGUCUAAUAGCAGAGAAGUCACAGGCCUGGUGGAUGACACACCGUCCGCUGCUGGAGACAUUGAUGGUGUUUAGCUACAGUCGAGGUCGGGCAAGAUUCUGUCAGUGGGGGGGGGGGGGGGGGGGGGGGGGGGGGGGGGGGUUCGGACUCAAACCUCGGUGGCCAGCCAUCAACCAACUACACCUCUUAAGGAAAUGGCUAUUUAAUGGCGAUGCAUCCAACAAACUAAAAAGCUAAAGGUCAAGUUUGCACAAUUUGGAGUUGUCGUUCACCAGAAAAGCCGUGAUUGAUCAUGUUUGUGUGCAAACGGGGAGGGGUUCUGAAACCGUGUGAACGGAACUGACCUGACGAGUGAAACUGUACUGUACCAGACAGAGCAAAUGGAUGUAAAAGUGAGUUUCCCAUGUCGUGAAUGAUCUUGAUGCUGUUCCAUACAUUCCUUCACAUUGUACAGUUUCUAUGAAAACGCUGGCAUGCUGGUGGGGUUGUGUAUUUGAUCAUAUGUGAUUGCUCUUCUUGGUCAAUAAAGAUUUUGCUUAACUUGGCCUGAAAUGAAA